AUGGAUGAUAUUUAUUUACGUCCAAUGAUGGAAGUACUUCAAAGUAAUCGAUUUCAAGUUUCCAUAAUCUUUGAUAUGUUGCCUGCCAUUACCCUCGGUUCAGAACCAAUUGUAACAAUACUUGUGAACAGAUAUGGAUGCCGAAGGAUAAUGAUAAUUGAUGCAUGUUUAGCUGCUUUUGGAUUUUUGGCAAGUUCGUUCUAUGCAAAUAUCUGGUUGUAUUACAUUGCUAUUGGUAUUGUUGGAGGUAAUGUACAAGUUUGUUUUUAUUUAUUGUUCGAUAUGGAUACAUAUACAACUAGCACGUCAUUGAAAAAGAUAAGAGAAUCGACAUUAGUUGCAUCUAGCAAACAACAACUAUCAUCCACUAACAAUGAAUGUCAUAUAUCACUUCUAGAUGUUAAGCAAAAUAUAUCAACAAAUCAAUUUGACGAAAAUAAUGAGCAUGAUGAAAUACUUUUUGAAUCUCUCGAAAAAGAAUCUCCAGUCUUACUAGCACAUAAGGAUACUAUUUAUCAAGGUGAUCUUCAUCAUAUACGUUUACUUUAUGAAAAGAUCGAUGAGUAUCAUCGACAAAUAAUUAUGACAAGUGAUAUGAAAACAGUUCAAUCAACUGCAUCAACUGGUGAAAAAACAAUAAUGACUUCGAAGAAAUCAUUUAUUCAUGAACUUAGCAAUGAAAUUGAUCUUAUGUUAUUUCAAGAUAAUGCAUAUAUUCUAUUUUCUAUUGAUGCAAAUAUUACUGAACAUCAUCAACAUUGGAUUAUUAUGUCGAUUGGUAUUGGUAAUUAUGUUGUUCACGUUAUACUCGGAUAUUCUUGGUGA